AUGAUAUGCACUCAAACUUUGUUCCAACCAACGUCAAAGAUAGCAGCCCUUGCAAGGUCCGGUCAGAUAACACGUGCCCGCAAGCUAUUUGAUGAAAUGUCUCAUGGAGAUUCGAUCACUUGGAAUGCAAUGCUUACUAGCUAUACCCAACUGGGUUUUCACCAAAAAGCCAUUUCUCUUUUCCACCACAUGAGAAUUUCUGACACUGGGCCUGAUCACUUCACCCUCACUGCAACUUUAAGUGCGUGUGCUGGCGCAUUCAAUCUGCGGUGUGGAAUCGAUGUUCAUGCUUUAAUAACUAUUUUGGGCUAUCAGUUGUACUUGCUGAUUAAUAAUUCUCUUAUUGAUAUGUAUGGGAAGUGUUUGAAUCCCUCUAGUGCUAGGAGAGUGUUUGAAGAGAUGAAACUUAGGAAUGAAAUAACUUGGGUGGAGAUAGCUUGGAAUAUUAUGAUUACUUUCAGUGUUGUGAUGAAUGCUUGCUCUGAAGCAUUAGGAUUUUGGCAUGGUUGCAUGGUGCAUGCUCUUAUCAUUACAAGUGGUUGGAGCUCUGCCGCAGAGAAUGCCAUGAUUGACGCCAACAUGAAACUGGGGAAUACCCACGAGGCACUUCCUAUAUUUCAGCGAGCCACUGAAAAUAACAUUGUCUCCUGGACAUCUAUAAUCUCAGGGUAUGCAGGAAAUGGACAUGGGGAAGAAGCUGCUACCUUCUUUGUGGAUAUGGUGAGAAGUGGUGUCCAACCAGAUGAUAUCACAUUCGGAGUUGUCCUUCAUGCAUGCUCAGGCUAG